AUGCAGUAUGGCAUAUGGGGUCAGGGAAAGGGAUUCACUUGGGCAAUUUUCUCGCUCACGUAUGGAUGCUCUCAGAAGCGAUCGCAUCACGAACUUGCUCACUGUUGCUAUAGACCACUUACCAAAUGGGAUGAUGAUCAAGCAACCCUUUUAAAAAGAUACAAAGCUGAUAGAAGAAUAAGAUCCCGCCAAAGGCACUUUGUGCUCAAUAACCGGCCAGUCAGAGUUGCAGACAAAACAUCCGCAGGUUGGGGCGGCUUCCGCGUGCGCCGCGGCCGCAUCGAACGGAUCUCUUUGGCGAUUCCAUGGACCAAGCUCUACACAGGCAAGGUGAAGGCGUCGGUGCGCUGCCUGCACCUGGAGGUGGAAAGCCUGGCAGAGAGCGCCGAAGGAAAAGACCAGGAUGCCUUCAUUCAAGAGAUGCGAGAUGCCAAAGAUAAGGCCAUCGACGUCCGCAUGCAACAGCUCCAGGAUUUGGUCGAUAAGUCCGGAGACGGCGACAGCGAGAACGACGUGGAUCGAGCGAGUUUGGGAAUGAACCUGGCCCGCAAGAUACUGAACAACAUCACCGUGGAACUUGAGGAGGUGCACAUUGCCUUCAACAGCAGCCGUGGCUUGGCAUGUUGCAUCGACCUGCCCAAGCUCUCCGUGAUCUCCACGGAUCAGACUUACCGACCCCGUGACGAUGCCGAAGGUGCCGUUGUGCCGGGCCAAUCCAUGUACAAAACCUUGCAGCUACAAAAGCUGAGUGUAAGCAUGUCGCCAGCGGGUAGCAACGAUUUGGAGGACGCGGAAUACGUCCUAUGUCCAGUGAGCGCCAAUCUGCAGCUGGCCCAUGAGCCUGCCAAAAACCUCCUGAAGAUCAAGUUGUUGGUGGCCACCGAAGAGUUGGCUGAAGUCUUCCUGCGACGUUCACAGGUGAAGCACCUGCGCACCCUGAAGAGCGAUCUCAAUGAGGAGUCACGGCAGCACCAGCUGCUGUUGGUGCAGAGCAUUGCAGGAUCGCCCACUGAGAAGGAUGCCAAUCAGAUCACCAAAGACAUCAACGAGAUCACCAAGGAUGCAGACAAGUCCAUCGAAAGGUACACCAAGCUUUACGAGCGAGACAUAUCUCAGGACUGCGAGGCGACGCGUCUGGCCCCCUUGAGCGACCAGGAACGACGCGAGCUGCAGGUGUUGGAGGCUGUGCUCUCGGCCCGCUUGUUGGCACGGGCCCGCUACAAGGCGGAACGUCAGACAGAGGUGUUGAAUGAGGAGGUGGCACGACGACAGAAACAAUUGGAGAUGGAACGUGUGGCGAAACGCUCGGCCAACUCGGGCUUCUUCGGCCGCUUCUGGGGCUCCGCAGAGGAGGAAGAAGAAGGGCAGCAACCUGGAGUCGAGUUGCUGUCCAAUGAGGAGAAGAACCAGUUGCUGAACGACCUGAAGGACGUCAACAAGGUGGAGCAAGUGGAUGUCCCCAAGCAGUUCAGCUUCGAAUUCGUCUUAGGUCAGAUGGCCUUGGACUUGGUGGAUGACCGCUACCACGACGAGGUGCACAGACAGUUGAUGAGCCUCGCGUUGAGACAGGCGGGCAUCGACAUCAACGUCCGCAUGGCCACGGACUUUUUGGGCCAAGACAGUGCGGAGUGGGGUGUGAAGAUCGAUCUGAAAACCUUCCACGCCCUGCACCACACGCGCGCUUUUAUGCAGCUAAAGCCCAAUGAGGAGGGCAACCGAGCUGCGCAGUGGUUGGGCGAGGGCACCAGUGCUGCCUGCUUUGACAUUCAGAGCAAGUUGCAGAAAGAACAGAAUCUUCUGUCGAUUUCCUUCAAGUUUAUGCCCGUGGAGAUCAAUUUGCUGGAAGGAAUCGUGGAGAUGAUCCUGGACUUCUGGCGCGAGCCUGAACGCCAAGAGAAAGAGUUGCCACUGCUGGAGACUGUGGAAGAAGAGAUGGAUGAACACAUGGAAGACAUGGAGGAGUGGUUGGAGAAGAAUGCGGAGGAGGUGAAGCAGGUGGCCCGCGCCGCCUACAACCGCAUCCCCGACAAGCUCGAAUUGGAGAUCAUGAUUGCCUCACCUAUUCUCCACGUGCCUGUGACCCUGGGCACCGCCAUCUUCAGCUUGGGCGAAUUGCCACUUGCCAUGGGAAAAUGA